GUAAGGAGGGUUCAGGGUGUUCCCUUGAUGGUUCUAGUUCAAGUCAAGCCACUGCAGGGAGGAUGAACGAAUAUGACUUGUUUGUGGAUAGACUUCUUGCACAAUGUUCUGGUGGUAAGAGUGAGUUGGACUCUUAUCUUGAGGAAGCUGUUUUGUGUAGAAGUGAUGAUUUUGAUAUAUUGCUUUGGUGGAAGGCAAAUUCUUCUAAGUAUCCAAUAUUGGCUUUGAUUGCGAGAGACGUGCUUGCCAUUCCUGUUUCUACAGUAGCUUCUGAGUCUGCAUUUAGCGCUGGUGGUAGAUUGAUUAGUACUCAACGAAGUAGACUUCAUACAAAAACAGUUGAAGCCCUCAUGUGUACUCAAAGUUGGCUAUUGAACCAUGUUAGCGAGGAAGAGGAUCUUUCUGCACUACCAUGGGAUACAGUGUGUACAACGAAUGAAGAUGAGGAUCCAGAUUUGAAUAAAGCCCUAGCAGAGCUGGCCAUUGCUUCAGAUGCGGAUUCUGAUGAUGAAUUCCAAAUUUGACAUGGAUUCUUUAUAUAUAUGGAUAAGUGGGAGUCUGGGAGAUAAAUUGGACUAUUGGAGUGGUUUGCAUUUGGACAAAGUGGAUAAGGAGUUGUAGGUGGUAGUUUUUAUGUUUUUUCAUGAUUAAUAGACUUUGUUUUUCUACGAAAGAAGAAUUUUGGAGGAUAACUUGACAUUUAUGUGUGGAUUUUUAUUGUUUAUGAGGUGUUUUAAUUUGGAGAUGAAUAAUUUGAUGUUAGAUUAUUUAUUGGUACUUUGUUAUGGAACCUGGUAGGAGUUGGAUGAUC